GCCCACUUUCCCCGGCGCUGUAUGCGCUAUUUAUUGAGCAUCUCCACGACAUGCUGUGCGCGGACAACGAUUUGAUAGGCCUCCCUCUCCCGCAUGGCAAGCAACUUAAGAGCUCGGCUUUUGCAGACGACACCGGGGCAAUUACGGCCCUCACACCCACCAGUGUGAGGGCACUUACCACUCAGAUCGAACACUUCGAGCGCUAUGCCGGCGCAAAGCUGAACUGGCAUAAGUCGGUGGCGCUGGUCCCGGACAUGAAUGCCGCCGGCCUCUUCACCGGCAUGCGAGUUCAGCGUAUCACAGGCAGUACAGUGUAUUUGGGAAUCGUGAUGCCUGACGCACUUUCCAACGGCACUCAAAAUGAGGCCGUCACGCAUAAAGCAAUCAAUCGCAUGGCGUCUUGUGCUAAAAGACCGCAGGCGGAAGUCUUUGGUCGAGCCCUCUUGGCCAAUACCGCAGCUUCCUCGAUGUUGUGGUAUGCGGGAGCGGUAUCAAUGCCUAGUCAACAGGCACAACUAAACUACCAAACGAACCUGGUGAAAUUUGUGUGGAAAAACGACCCUCUGGCGCCGACAACCGUCCAUCGUGUCGCAUGGAGAAAGCUUAUCCAACCAAGGGCCGCUGGGGGACUUGGUCUUUUGGACCCCUCUAAUCAGAUCCGGGCAUUACACCUACGUACGAUCUUCUGGCUGAUCCUGGAGGAUGAUGCAGCCCCGUGGAAGGUCUUGACCCUGCAGACGAUGGCAGAGGCCAUGCGCCUUCACCCUGCAGACGUGAUGACAGCCCUCCUCCAACCCUCUCUACUAGGCAACCUCAAGCGUGGUGCGCUGUGGACACCUACACUCACACUCUGGAGGAAACUCUCCCCUCUCCGUCUGCGCCCGCCUGCCUCCAGGGAACAGAUCCUCCAGCAGCCCCUGUUUGACAACCCAAUGAUCCUCGAUGCCGAGGGACGUCCUUUCCCAUGGAUGCGGACCAAAGGCGCAUUUGGUAGGGCAUGGGUAACGACCGGGAUAGGGAGGGUAGCGGACAUCUGGGAUGAAUCCACGGGCGACUGGAAAGAUGACUCGCUAAUGAUUGAUGCACUACGUGGGCAGACGGACAAAUUGGGACGGCUUAGACACAUCCAACGGGCCAUCCCAGAGGAAUGGACGAAAAUGCUUCGAAUGGGUCUACAGUAUCGAGGGGAAUGGGCGAUCCUCCGAUCCAAUACCUCGCAGGGCAGCGACUCACCCCCUGUCUUUUUUCAGCUGAAGGCCAAGGUCGGCUCGCAGUGGCUCUUGGCCGAUGCCUGGCAUCCCAUGGGCCCAAUGUUACCCACCAACAGACACAUCAUUGGCCCCAUGCAGCGGAAGCCGAAGCACGACGGCUGGAUUCCGGUGGAUGCCAUUCGCCCGGUGGCAGUCCUUCGUGACAAGACCCGUACAUCGGCCCCCGUGUAUAGAGCGUUUCACCCCGCCUGUAGGUCGCUGUCUUAGGCAGUCGACCCCUCCAUGUGGGAAUGGAGGCCCCAGGCUUCCCAGCGGAAGCUUGAGCGCCUCCACCAGGUCCGCACCAAAACCAUA